CCCCCGCAGCCCUGCCAGAAUGUUGGGCCUGAACGAACAGGUUAACAGAUGUCGUGUCCACAGUCUGGGGAGGAGGAAAGGUGAUCUGACUUACACAACUGGCUGAGCCAUUGCAGACUGCAGGGCGCACCUCCAUGAACGUCAAAGGAACGUAAGCAACACUGAAGCUCUUCCCCUUGAAAGGAGUCCCCGUGCUGUAUAUAACCACCGAGGCCCAGGAGAGACGAACAGAGAGAGGCAGCCCGAAGGCUGUAAGAAUCAAGAUGGACAGCACCCCAUAAGGGACAAGCACAGAUCAGAGUCAGGGAAAGACCUGCCUAUCGGGGAGGUCUGCCACUGAUGGACAGAGAUCCUACAUUACCAGCGGUUUCUUGGGGCCAUGUCAGCGGCAGCAUCAGUGAGAGGGAUUGCCUCCAUUCUGUCUUUGCAGAUAACGCAAGUGCCCUUAAAGGAAGCUAAGAUAAUAUCUCACAUCUGGGCUGCCCAGCAGUUGACCUUGGGGCUGAGACUAGUGCUAGGACACCCAUCUGUCAAAGUAGGGAUCUUGGUGCUACUAAUUUUUCUCCCAAGUACAUUCUGUGACACAGGAUCUGUAUAUUACUCUUCCUAUGAAACGGUCAUCCCCAAGAGAUUGCCAGUGCAGGGGAGUGAAGGUCCCGGAGGAAGGGCGUCCUACAUGCUGCUGAUGCAGGGCCAGCAGCAGCUGCUUCACCUGAAGGUAAAGGGAGACUACUCCGUGAGUAACUUCCCAGUCUACAGUUACCACAACGGCAUCCUGGGGCAAGAGACGCCGCUCCUCUCACAGGACUGCCACUAUGAAGGCUACAUGGAAGGGGUGCCGGGCUCCUUUGUUUCUGUCAACAUCUGUUCAGGCCUCAGGGGCGUCCUGAUUAAGGAGGACACCUCCUACAGCAUCGAGCCCGUGCUCUCUUCCAAAGGGUUCGAACACAUCCUGUACACUGUGGCACAUCAGCCUCAGGUCUCCUGCAGUGUCACUCCCAAAGACAGCCCAGGGGACACCAGGCAGCAGCAAGGGAGCAGGAAGCCCGAUGGCCUGCAGGAGCUGUCUGACUUGUGGUCACACACCAAGUAUGUGGAGAUGUUCGCUGUGGUCAACCACCAGCGGUUCCAGAUGUGGGGCAGCAACGUCAACAAGACGGUCCAGGCAGUAGUGGACAUCAUUGCUCUGGCCAACAGCUUCACUAGGGGACUAAACACAGAGGUGGUGCUGGUGGGCAUGGAAAUCUGGACAGAGGGGGACCCAAUAGAGGUCCCGGUGGACCUGCAGGCUACACUGAGGAAUUUCAACCGCUGGAGACAGGAGAAGCUCGUGGACCGGGCCAGGCACGAUGUCGCACACUUGAUCGUCGGGCAUCACCCAGGACAGAAUGAGGGCCAGGCGUUUCUCGACGGUGCCUGUUCAGACGUGUUUGCAGCAGCUGUGGAAGCCUUCCAUCAUGAAGACGUCCUGCUGUUUGCAGCGCUCAUGGCCCACGAGCUGGGACACAACCUGGGUAUCCAUCACGACCACCCGGCCUGCGGCUGUGACCCUAAGCACUCCUGUCUCAUGCACGAGAAUAUCACCAAGGACAGUGGCUUCAGCAACUGCAGCUCUGACGACUUCUACCGUUUCCUCCAUGACCACAGAGGGGCCUGCCUGCUUGACAAGCCUUGGCGUCAAAGCCGCAAGCAGAGAGCUGCCCGUUGUGGAAAUGGUGUGGUGGAGGAGCCCGAGGAGUGUGACUGUGGUUCUGCUUGUGACCAUCACCCAUGCUGUGAGUCAACAUGUACACUGAAGGACGGUGCACAGUGUAGUGAUGGACUCUGCUGCUACAAAUGUAACUUCAGAAAGAAAGGGGUCUUGUGUCGUCCUGUUGAGGAUGUGUGUGACCUGCCCGAGUACUGUGACGGCAGUUCUCACGAAUGCCCUGCAGACAGCUACAAGCAGGAUGGCACACUGUGUGACAGGAUUUAUUACUGCUCUGAGGGUUGGUGUAAGAACCCUGAUAAGCAGUGCACAAAGAUAUAUGGGUAUCCUGCAAGAUCAGCCCCUGACGACUGUUACAUUUUAAUGAACACCAAAGGGAACCGCUUUGGAAACUGUGGCUAUCACACCGAGGCUAACUUAGGGUACGAAACAUGUUCCGAUGAGGAUGUAUUUUGUGGGAAACUAGUAUGUACAGAUGUUAGUUACUUGCCUCAAGUCAGACCCCUACAUACACUCCUCCAGGUUCCUUAUGGAGAUGACUGGUGCUGGAGCAUGGAUGCCUAUAACACUACUGAUGUCCCUGAUUUUGGAGAUGUGCAGGGCGGCACUUACUGUGCCCCAAACAAAGUCUGCAUGGAUUACUAUUGCACUGAUCACAAGGUGCUCCAGUACGACUGUGAACCAGAGAAAAUGUGUCAUGGGAAAGGCGUGUGCAACAAUUUCAGGCACUGUCAUUGCGAUGACGGUUUUGCUCCUCCUGACUGCAGCAGCCCAGGGAAUGGGGGAAGUGUGGACAGUGGUCCUGUUGGGAAGCCAGAUAAUCGAAACUUGAGUAUCUUUACAUUUGGUGACCAUGGAAAGCUGAGGUCAGACGAGGAUGACAUAAACAUGAAGGUGGUGAUGCUCGUGGUCCCUAUAUUUCUUAUCCUUUUACUGUGUGUUCUGAUGCUGAUUGCCUACCUCUGGUCUGAAGUACUAGAAGCGAUACUAACCCCAGGGAGUUCAUCGGAGUCUUCCACAGAAUCCUCAGGCCAGGGAAGGAGAUAACCUCCACACUAUUGAAGUUUUGAGAACUUCACAUGGAUCGUUGCUAUUGAUGAUGUCUUGUGUCUGCAGGACGAUUUGGACUGACUACGUGGUUUUCAGGGCACGCUGCACUUGCACUAUCUAGUGUUAUAAUGUUAUCUGUACUAUGGUGCUCUCCUCAGUGACAACUGCUGUUCUAUCAUGAAUGUUUGGAUGGGAUCUGAAUGUUCUAACUUGCCCUGUCAGCCACUGUUCAUAAAAUAGAGGUGAUUUUAAAUAAA